AAAAGAUUAAAAAAAAAACUUAAUUCUUCCCGCCGGCGAUUUUUUUUCAAGUCUCUGCGGCAGUUGAAAAAUGUCUCCUCGGAUCGAAACUCCUCUCUUGCCGGAGCAAGAACCGUCUUCUGAUGAGAAACACGGAUUUACAUCGGGCGUCGUUUUCAACGUGUCGACGACUAUAAUCGGAGCCGGGAUAAUGUCGAUGCCGGCGGCGUUUAAGGUUCUCGGAGUAAUCCCAGCUCUAUUGAUCAUAACUAUCAUCGCUUGGCUCUCCACGAUCUCUGUCGGGUUUCUUAUGAAAUCAACUCUCGCCGGGGAAUCAACGACGUACGCGGGAGUCAUGAAAGAGUCGUUCGGAAAAACAGGCUCCGUGGCUGUACAGGUUGUUACAAUGGUUUCCACUUUUGGAGGCACUGUCGUUUUCUCGAUCAUCAUAGGAGAUGUGCUCUCUGGUAAUGAAAAUGGAGGAUCAGUUCAUCUUGGAGUUUUGCAAGAAUGGUUUGGUUCCCACUGGUGGAACACGAGGAUCUUCGCUUUGUUGUUCAUCUACGUCUUCUUCUUGCUUCCAUUGGUCUUGUGCAGACGCGUAGAAACACUCGCGUUUAGUUCUGCCAUAUCGUUUCUCCUUGCUGUGCUAUUUGUCGUCAUAAGCUCGGUCUUGGCGAUCACCGCGCUGAUCAAAGGACAGACGAAGAGUCCGAGACUGUUUCCAGAUUUAACCAGUGGAGGAUCGUUCUGGAAUCUCUUCACAGCUUCACCUGUUAUAGUAACCGCCUUCACGUUUCAUUUCAACGUUCAUCCAAUUGGAUUCGAGCUCAAGGAUCCUUCACAUAUGAUCCCAGCGACUAGGAUCUCUAUGAUCUUGUGCGCUGCAAUCUACUUCGCCACUGGACUCUUUGGGUAUCUCUUGUUUGGAGAUGCGACAAUGUCUGAUAUUCUAGUGAACUUCAACCAGAGUUCUGGCUCUUCCAUUGGUUCUCUUCUCAACGACGUCGUCAGGCUCAGCUACGCGCUUCACCUCGUGCUCGUCUUUCCUCUCCUAAACUUCUCACUGAGAGCAAACCUCGACGAGCUACUGUUCCCAACGAUGAAACAGUCAUUGGCAGAAGACACAAAGAGAUUCAUCGGACUCACUCUGAGUCUACUCAUUUGCAGUUUCUUGUCUGCGAUCGCUGUGACAGACAUUUGGUACUUCCUUCAGUUCUUCGGAUCAACCACCACUGUUUCCAUAUCCUUCAUAUUUCCAGCCGCUAUUGUUCUAAGGAAUGUCCAUGGUGUAUCGACCUCAAGUGAGAAAAUCAUAGCUGCGAUAAUGCUGGUUCUUGCUGUUGCUACUAGCAUCAUCGCCAUCUCGACGAAUCUUUACAGUCUCGCAGCAAACUUGAUGGUGAGUUUUGGAAACAGUCCCCCUCUAUGAUCACUUCAAAAGAAAUCUGUAAAAAAAAUUAUUAGCUCCUCCUAAGCAUUUAUAUUUGAUUGUUAUCUUUGUGAAAUAGCAUUUGUCAGAAAAUGCAAAUGUUAAUAGCUUUAGGAAGUGCAAUAUUUUUGUUGCUAGUUGAAUCAGAGAAACCAAAACUGUUGCACAUU